AUGAGGAUUAACGGUGUUGUGCAAGCCGUACACGACUAUAACCUCAACACAGGCCAGAUUAACAUUUUAAAAUUUAUUGCUGGAUGUGCUGAUGAUGCAAUAUUUAAACGAAUGAGGCAUGAAUCCUCUGUGCUCCCCCAUCUAUCUAUCUAUCUAUCUAUCUAUCUAUUUAUAGAUCUAUCUUCUAUCGGAUCUAUCUAUCUAACUCUAUCUAUCUAUCUAUCUAUCUAUCUAUCUAUCUAUCUAUCUCUCUCUGUUCAUUAUCUAUCUAUCUAUCUAUCUAUCUAUCUAUCUAUCUAUCUACCUCUCGAUUUUUAUUUCCGACGUCCUUCUCUCUCACAUAUCAGUCCAUCUCAAUAUUGCCGAUACCGAAUACAACAAAAUUCAUUGUCUCAUCAUUUAUCUAUCGCAUUUUUUCAAUCUCCCAAACGUUCUCUGUCUGUCUGUCUGUCUCUGUCUCUCUGUCUCUGUCUCUGUCUCUCUCUGUCUGUCUGUCUCUCUCUCUGUAUCUUGUCUGCAUGA